UUCAAGGAGCUGUGGCGUAUCCUUCGCCGGAGUGGAUGGACAUCGAAGCCUCCGCCACUGGGUGCCUGCCAAAAGGCGACGGAAUAUCGCUACAUUCGACCUGGAUGUAGUAUGAAAGAUCAAGAAGGCGAAGACUUUUUUGUGGGCGAAGAAGCCCUCGUG